ACUGACCAAUCAGCCGUCACAGGUUGUCCCGAAGUACACGUCCCUAAUCUGGAGGAACUCAACCUCAGUCAACAUUCCUGGAGUUCAUCAUCCCUAAACUGCUGCUGUCAUAGAGAUUUCCAGGAAAGUAGAAGAAAAUCAUGGUCAAACGUUGACAGUGUGUUACACGUAAUCCCGACAGCCGUGUAGAGGGCGGGAUACAAUUUAUUACAUUGCCGAAACCCAAAUGGAGUCUGGAACAAUGCGAGAAAUGGAUCAAGGCCUGCAGUCCACCUCAUAUCCAGUUGAAUGAAACUGUGAGCGAAGACAACUACCACAUGUUCGUCUCCACGAAGGUAGGGCAGUUCAGUCAAUUUCUCCAUGAAUGUACGUCACAAUGAUGAUGACAGACCAGAUUCCACUGGACUUGGCUCCGCCCCCCCUCCUGAACGGAGAGCUCUCUCUCAUGCCUCACAUGGUUAACGGUGACGCAGCGCAGCAGGUGAUUCUGGUGCAGGUGAACCCAGGGGAGACGUUUACCAUCCGGGCAGAGGACGGCUCGCUGCAAUGCAUUCAGGGUCCUGCUGAGGUUCCCAUGAUGUCCCCGAAUGGGUCAAUCCCCCCAAUACACGUACCCCCAGGUUACAUCUCACAGGUGCUGGAGGAUACCACAGGGGUUCGCCGAGUGGUGGUGACCCCCCAGUCCCCAGAGUGCUACCCUCCCUCUUACUCUCCAGCUCUGUCCCCCACGCACCACCUCCCCCCAUACCUGGCUCACCCCCACUUCAUUCCCAACUCUCACUCUUUCUAUCCCCCCGUCAGCCCGGGCGACCUGCCGCCUCACCAGUACUACCAGCACCACCUUCCGCCAAUGUACGGCGAUCCAGUGUCUUCUCUCCUUUCAGAAAUCAUCCCAGUUUAUGGGAUGUCCAGCUACAUCGGCAGAGAAGAGACGUACACUAAGCCACAGCCUAAAAAGAUAAAGGAACAGAGACUAGAGCGACAGAACCGACUCAAUUCUCCUCCUUCUACUCUCUAUAAGGGCAGUCUUGGGCCAGCACACAAUGGAUACAGUAACAAAUCACACGCCCCAUCGCUUGGGUCAGCGGGGUCAGGGGGUGGAGCCAGCAGUCCAGGGGGCAAGAAGCCAGAAAGACGACACCGAUGCAGUCCACGAAACAGUGAGCCAGAGACACACACACAAGAUCAUGAUUCAGAGGGGAAACGUGUUCAAGACAUGCUGUCUACAAUCGACAAACCACAGGUGUCUAACAUCCAGGCGCGGGCUGCUCGGCUGUCCUGGGGCCUUCCGGGUGGGCUGGUGAACAGGCACAGUAACGGGAUGCCUGUCUCCUGCUCCUACGAGGUUUCUCUCUCAGACAAGGGGAAGGACGGAAAAUAUCGCCUUAUAUACAGUGGUGAAGAGUUGGAAUAUCAUCUGAAAGAUCUAAGGCCAGCGACAGACUACCACGUACGGGUUUCAGCGUUGUACAACUCGGUUCGAGGCUCGUGUUCAGAGGCCGGCUCGUUUACCACACACUGCAGCGUCCCUGAUGUCCCGUUACCCCCAAAACUCUCUCACCGCACAAAAACGAGCCUCAGUCUACAGUGGAAGCCUCCAGGCGACAACGGAUCCAAAAUCACAAACUACCUGCUCGAGUGGGAUGAGGGAAAGAAGAACAGUGUUUUCAGAGACUGUUACUUUGGGAACCAGAGACACUGUAAACUGACACGGCUGCAGCCAGCCUGUGGCUACACAUUCAGAUUGGCUGCAAAUAACGACAUCGGCACAAGUGGCUUCAGUACAGAGGUGGUGUUCUAUACCACGGGCACCCAGCCCCCUCUGCCCCUCGCGCCACGGCUGGUCAGGGCGGGGGUCUCUUGGGUGAACCUGGAGUGGGUGCGUCCCGAGGGCAGCCCCACCGAGGAGCAGCUCAAAUACACACUCGAGAUCCAGGAGGACAACAGCGGAACAGAUUUUUAUCCAAAGUACACUGGAGAAAACUUGACCUGUACUGUACAAGGCCUGAAGAGAAGUACGCAGUAUAAAUUCAGGCUGAUUGCGUCAAACGUGGAAGGAAAAAGCAGCCCCAGUGAAGUGUUGGUUUGCACCACCAGUCCAGACAAGCCCGGCCCUCCGUCGACACCCAGGGUCACCGGAGUGACACCUUAUGGCUUCACCGUCACAUGGGAUCCACCCUUGGACAACGGGGGUUCAGAGGCCCUCACUUACCUCCUCGAGAUUUCUGAAGGAUGCUCCGAAGCGAGCCAGUGGGAGGUGGCGUACAGCGGCCCUGCAACAGAAUGCAUGUGUGAGCGGCUGACACCGGGAACCGUUUACAGCCUACGUGUAUGUAGCAUCACCACAGGAGGACACAGCCCGUGCACUGUUUGUGUUCCGGUCCGUACAUCAAGCGUCCCACCAGGACCCUGUCAUCCGCCGCGGAUCAUUGGGAAAGCCAAACACAAGGAGGUCCAGUUAGAAUGGGAUUCCCCUGCCUGUGAGGGAGUGUGUGAAGAGUGUGUGUACAGCCUGGAGAUGAGUGAGGGAGAAGCAAAGCCAGCAGAAGUGUACCAUGGCCCUGAGCUGCAGUGUACGGUUGCUAGUUUGCUUCCUGGUGCGACGUACAGCUUCAGGCUAAGGGCAACCAACGAGGCCGGGUUCGGUCCAUAUUCUGAGCCGACAGAAGUGACGACCGCAGCUGGACCUCCUGGUCAGUGUGCGGCGCCACUCAUCACGCUCACAAGUAACACCUGUGUGACGCUCAACUGGGAGAGCCCCGAGGGUUCGGGGACGGACAUCUCAGAGUAUCGACUGGAGUGGGCGAAGGAGGACGAACCCUGGGAGCUCAUUUACUGCGGCUCUGCCACACAGUGCGAACUGUCAGACCUGACGCCUGCUACGGAUUACUGCUGCCGGCUACAGGCGGUGAACCAGGCUGGCGCCGGUCCAUACAGUGAGAGGGCCAGUUUCCGGACCCCUGCGACGCAUCCCGACCAGGUCUCGACCCUCACUCUCCUGGACCUCCCGACAUCCUCCGAGGCGGGUUACUCCUCGUCUACUUGCCUCCUCCUGAAGUGGGAAAAGCCAAGCAGCAACGGUUCAGAGAUCUCCUCCUAUAUCAUCUCUGUAGACGAUCAAACUGUCACCGUGGAAUCGGGGACGAGUCACCUCGUCACAGGCCUGCAGCCAGACACCGAAUACAGUCUGCAGAUUCAAGCAGUGAACGCCAUCGGCUUUGGUCCUCUGAGUCCGCUGCUGGUAGCGAGGACCCGCCCCCUUCCCCCGCCCCCGCCCCCACUCGAAUGCUCCGCCGCAGGCCCUCAGAGCCUGAAGCUCAAGUGGGGCGAGAAUGCCGGACACACACGCACCCUGCUCUCUGAAGACGUGGUCUACACACUACAAAUGGAAGACAAGAACCACAGGUUUGUGACAAUCUACCAUGGUCCCAGCCACACCUACAAAGUCCAACGACUGAUUGAGUCCAGCAGCUACAGCUUCAGAAUACAGGCUCUCAGUGACGCCGGGGAGGGUCCUUUCUCUGAUACAUAUACGUUCUGCACCACCAAGUCUCUACCCCCCGCCAUCAAAGCCCCCAGGAUUCACCAGCUGGAGGGGAACGUGUGCGAGGUGACAUGGGAGACUGUCCCACCAAUGAGAGGAGACUCUGUGAACUACAUCCUCCAGAUGCUGGUGGGGCGUGAGUCUGACUAUAAACAGAUUUUUAAGGGAGACGAAGGUUCAUUCCAAGUUUCCAGUCUUCAGGCAAACACAGACUAUCGUUUCCGCGUCGGCGCCUGCCGCCAGUGCCGGGACACGCACCAGGAGCUGUGCGGGCCGCUGAGCCCCUCCUCCCUGUUCACGCUGCGCCGCCAGGAGUCGGCGUCGUCGGGAGAUCAUAGUGCUUUGGAAACGGGCAAGGGGGCGGGUCUGAUCUCGAGCGAUGAGCGCUUCGCGGCGCUGAUCGUGUGCAUGUUCGCCGGCCUGUCCAUCCUCAUCGCCUGCCUGCUACAGUACUUCUUUAUGAAGUGAGGGAAUUUUUAACUAUAGGAUAGAAAGUGAAAUCAAAAGAAUAAAUCACAGAAAUGAACUUUUACAAAUGUCUAUGAAAGAACAGAAUGAAAUCAAAACACUUGAGAUGUACUUUUAAGGCUAUGUAUGUCGAUUUAAAAAAAAAAAUCAAAAAAACAUUUUUAUUUUUUGCAGUCAAAGCAUUGAUUCAGGCUUCUCUAUAUUUCUUCUCCCUUUACCCGUUUUGGUGUCAUUUUCUUCUACACCUCUGUCGUGUUUGUCUCUUUUGUUAAGGAUUUCUGUUGAGGGAAGCUUCAUCUUGGCUGUACCUCAGUUGGGAAAGAAAACUGAUAAUCAAGCCUUAAAAUAAGUGUGAGCGAAACACUUGCUCCUCAUACUGACUUGCAUGUUUUUUAUUUUUAUUUUAUAUGUCUACAUAUUCAGUAGAAAACAUAUAUAUUUCUCUGCCGUCAUUGCCUUACUUUUUGUUCACUGCGGUCUGUAUUCAUUCAGCCAUAUUCAAAUGUAGGCCUGUAGCUUUUCCUACUUAUUCAGUUGUCUCUUCUCUGCAGGCUGUCGGUCAGGACAAACAAUAGCCUGACCAAAACACACACUUGCACAUGUGAACCUCUGUAUAUAACCAUACAUGCAUACGAAACUAGACAUUUGCAAGGACAAUGAGAAAAAAACUAAUUUCCAUUUUGAAGACGACAGUCAUAUCUGCUCAGCUUUUGCCAUUCAAUCACUCGCACAUUCAGCUACCAAAGUGAUGCAAUCCGUUUGUGGGGUUAGACGCUGCUAUCCUGUGAUUUCAUGGUGUCUGAGAGAAAGAAUGGAAAAACGUGUAUUUCAGUGUGAAAUGUGAUGGCAAAGUAAGGUUGAAAUGUAAAAGAGGGGAAGGAGUGAACUAGGUGCUCAAAAGUAGAGGCUCUGAGGUCAGAUUAGCAAUUUGCGCUAAAAGGGAUAGUUAAAAUGUUUAGUUAGGUUCUGUUAAAAUUUAUAGGCAGUUCAAAUUUUUCUUACAGCAGAUAACUGUCUUGGCGUUUCCAUGUAGUAUGAAUCCAGAUUAGUUGGUUUCCGAGGCAGAAACUAAUGACUAGUCUAGGAGGGGCCAAGACUGAAGCGGGCUUCUGCUGUUUUCAAAACAACUCUGGUCUGGAAAGCAUAAAAGAGUUUUAUUCAAAUGCUUUUCAAAUAAAAAUUAAAAAGGCAUUAAAUAUGUGACGAUGUCAUUGGCUCAUAAGACGGGAUGGCAAAAUGAUUAAAACUAAACAAGACAAGAGAUUUGAAAUAUAUAUGUUUCUUUGUUUUGACAAACUGAAGUCCUGACACAUUGCAUACUAUGUUUUAAGGAAUAUUUGACCAGAGUAAAAUAAUUUGUUCAAGUUUAGCCCAUCCAUGUGUUGCAGUUUGCUAGUCUCAAAAAUGUUAGCUUUAGCUUCAUGACUAACAUUUAGACAGAAGCAGUAUUCCCUCUAUGCUUACAGAUUAUUUUGAAAUUCCCUAUAAUUGUUUCCUUUUUCUACUGGAAACCCAAAAUAUUGUCAUACAAACAAUUCGGAAGUGACAGGACUUCUUAAAGUAUUGGCAGCUACCUUGACAUUGGUCAUCUUUCUUAAACGACCCGACCUCAAUAACUAUUUUCAGUCUUAUUUCAAAACAAGAAUCACAAAUAUAGAUAUAGGGACUCGAGUCAAAAGCACUCACCUUCAUAUCAGGGGUUUUAUUCGCUUAACUCUGACUGCCACCCUCAAAAUAUCUACAUGCAAGUCAGUGGGUCCAAGAGGACACCAGUGUCUUCAUGAUAGUUGAGUGGUGUUUAAACUAAAAUAGCUCCAACAUGGUGGACUUAUUUUAAUGAGAAAUAUGGAGCCGCUUAUUCUCGUUUCACAAAAAGCCAUCGUUUAUUUUCUGUGAGGUAGAAGGUGAUGUGCUGCCAUUUGUCUUACUCUGAGAAACUGACGCUGAAAACAAAACAUUAACUACCAGACAGAAAUUCAUAGUGAAGUAAAAAGUUACAAAUUUUUUCUGAGCUAAUCGAACAGUAUUUCAUUCAGUUUUGCACUACCUGCCUUUAUGCAUAUACUUUAAACCUUUUGAUCUUGUGUUCCGCACAGGAAGAUAAUCAAUGGCGCACUGCCUCCAAACUUGUCCUCCUCUGCAAAAUUCAUUGCAUUUGUAUAAAGUUUAUCUCAAGUUUAAAGGUUAACAGAUCGUGUUCCCAUCAAACACUUGCAUUUUUAUUUUUAGACUGGAGUUGUUUUAAGAGGUAGAAAUUCAUGCAAGUCUAUCCUUCGUUGGUCUUGCUGUUAGCUCCCGCCUCCGGGACCACCUACGCUGAAUUUAUGCUAAAUCUACGUGCCAAGAGACUUUAAGUAAGGUAUCAACUGCUUCUAAUCUUUGGACAGGACCUCAGCAUUUCUUUAAAUACCACUCUUUGGUCAGAAUCUGGACCUUAUGUUGGGCAUUUGUUGACUCCAAGAAAACAGGCUGGGAUCGCAAUCACCUGUUGCUUUUCUUAGGAAGGAGUUGGCCCAGCACAUGUUUGAUCCUUUGUAAGACCCUAGCGGGUUCUACCUUCUCAGAUGUAAUAACUUCAACCUCUUUAUCUGGAACACGAUUUUGGGAUAAGAGGUGCUAGCAGUGUGGCGGCGACCUUCUCUACAAAAUGCAUUUGUAAACUGGGAAAAGCUGUUAGAAGUUAGCUUGCGCUUUGUUCGCCAGACGUUUAGCACAAACUCUGAAGCUGUUCCUCCUUGUAGCACGUCUGUGAAUCAAUACAUUUAAAGACUCUUCCCCUCUUUUUGCAUCUCCUGAAUAUUUCUGCUUAAUCCCCCUUAUGUUUGGCUCUGCUUACUUCUCGCCUGCUUUCGAUCCAUCCUGUCUCUGUGCUUCCCCCACAUCUCUUACUCUUUCUCUAUUAAAAGGUGCUUUAUUGACAUGUAAUCAGAGCGGUAGCAAGUCUGUGAUCUCUAUUCAGACAGACAUGAUCUCUGAGGACUUGAACUAAUCUUCACUAACCAAACAAAGCCUUGGACAGGACACAGCUCAGCAGAACAGGGCAUUGUGACAUACGAAACGCCCCCCACCCCCCGACCUCUGUGUCCCGCCACAUGUCUGCUCCUCCCAGUAAAUCUUUUACAUCAAAGCCAAGGUACAAACCGUGUUUAUCUUCUGUAGUCCAAAGAAGUCACCCAGAUCUGCAUUAUUAAUGUGAGACAUGCCUACUUCAGCUGGGUUGGAGCUUGGUGGCGAGACCGGACGGGAGGCAGAGGUUUUGAUUAGCUCUGAGUGGCAGCCUGUAACGUACCUCAGGGAUAAGGCCUUACAGAGGGGGAGAUCUAUUCCCGUCGUCCCCAUAGCGGUCAUCAUCAUCUUCAUAUUGACCAUCCUUUUCCUUCCUUCCUCCUUCUUCUUCCCUCUUGACGCUGCAUCUCACCCUCUGUCCUCGCUGUGCCUUGCUUCGUAUGUGUCAGUAAGCAAAGCGGUUUACUAGCUCAGAAAAAAAAAAUCUUUGCCAAAGUUGAUGGGAAAGUCAAGGUAGAGUCCUUUUCUAGGUUUUAUUUAUACUAUAUAUUUGCAUACAGUACUUUACAUGCCAAUUACAGUGCAAUCUUCAUUUAUUUAUUGUUUAAAGAUUAAGAGACAAGUGUAGUUAUAUACUAAUUUUUUUCUUGUAGCAUGUUUUUUUUUAUGGAUGUAUGUUAGAUUGUAUGAUUAAGGCCAGCAUUCCUUAUCUCAGUAACCCUUUAAGUAUUUCUCUUGCUCAUCAGUUCAUGCAUUACCGUUUCAGACAUGUAACCAAAUGCCGAUGGGUUUCUGUAACGCUUAGAGACACAUGUAGCAAGCCAGACCAUAGUGUCACUUCAAGUUCCUUCGUAUGGGGAUGAAUAUUUCUGCCUUUGGCUUUUUUUUUUCUGUUCUGAAUAGUGUUAUAUUUAAGCUUCUGAUAUCUUAUUUUACAGUUUUUAAUGCCAAAGUGCAGCAUUUUUAUUGAUCUCUAGAUAUUGCAGCCGUCUUGAGGGUUCUGUGAUGUUCUUCUGUAACAGCACACCAUUACAACUAUUAUUUAGUAUUGCUCUCUGAAAUGGAACAAAACAUUAACUUGAUCUGUGAUUACGCUUUUUUUUUUUUUUUUUUACAUAAUGUUUUUUUAUUGUGUUUUAUAAAGCUAAAUUGUGCCAUUUAAGAAAUGUCAAGACCCCGUACUUUGUAGAAAUAUUUUUGAAAGCUAAUUUCACAUUUAAAUUGAAAGAAAACAAAAGAAAAAAACAAUCAUGACGAUUUCAGGCAGAUGACAAUGGGUGCUGGUUAUUUCGCCCGUCCGCCGUUUCGUACCUUUGCAUGUUUGGUUGUUUUCGACUCCACAUUUUCUGUGUGAAUUGGUGCCAUUGAACGCACUGUCCUAUCACUUGUCAAUCUACAAUUUAAAGAAAUUUUCUAGAUUCUACUGAUAAUCUUGUGGAAGGAAAUGUAGGUUUAUAACUUCAAUAAACAACAUCUUUAUAUAAAGAAGACAUUUAACUAUUUUUCUUUAAUCAGAGGGUCCUAACCUGUCGUGUUUUCUAACAGUCGGUUGGCCAAAACCUGAAUCGCGUUAAAGUUUUAGUAAAUGGGAAUAGAGUUAACACUAAAAUUUUAGAUAUUACAGUGGCUCUCAAAAGUGUACAGAACCCUGUUAGAAUUCCUGGGGUUUGUACUUUAGUGGUGCAUCUAUCAAUUGUUUUUAUGUAUAAUGUGAAAUGUAUCCCAGGUGAUUCAUCUGAAAAAUGUGAGGGGCUAAAAACUACAUAUAAAGGUUGAAUAACGAGGUUGUAUAUGUGUGCUCUCUCUUGAAAUAAUACAAUUCUAUGUCUAGCAGCAAAGCAGAUCUGGACUUAGUUUGGUCGUUUUAUAGCUUUAAUUUUCUUCCCUUAGAUGUAUGCUAGGACCCACUGUGAUGAGGAUUCUGAGACUCCCCUGUAUCUUCAGUAGACGCCUGAAGUUAGAGCCAAGUUGUGUUAAAAGCUGUUCACAAUUUCACCUACCUUGAUGAAAAUCUCAGCUGAAAGAAAGUAACUCCAUGGCAUCAUGCUGUCACCACCGUAUUUCACUGUAGUUUUUUUUUUUUUUUUUUUUUUUGUGCCAACCGUGUCUUUUGAAAUUGUCUAAAACGUCAUGUUUGGUUUCAUCUGACGCAAGUUUAGCUUAGCUGCAACUGGAACUUUUCAUUGGAAGAAAAUAAUCUUUUCUUGUGUCUCGACUCGGUAGCCAAGAGACUGUUGUCAGAGAUUGAGCUCAAUUAGUCCUCCAGCUUAUCCACUGGUGGUGCUGGUUUCAUGGGAUCCGCACUGGCCAACUGAGAAUUUUAUUUCUUGUCUUUUCAAUCAUUUUGGAGAAAGAACUGGUUUUUAGACAAUUGCCAUUGUCUUAAGCUUUCAGCAGAAAAUUUCUUAAUCGUGCUAGGAUAUAUAUAUAUAUAUAUAUAUAAACCUUUGUCCCGAACUCCUAAAUUAUACUUGCGUACAAUCAGGUCAUUUUGAUCUUUUAUAAACGCUCUUCAAACCAUGCAUCUUUGCAAAAAGAUGCUAAUGAGUAAAUAAUGCACUAUAAUCGAAAGCCGGUGUGAAUUACAUAACCAGUUUAUGGCACCUUUUAUACCCAGUUGAAUAGUACAUGAUAUAGAUUAUAAACCUGUGGAUGUGUACACCUUUAAGAGCCACUGUAAUAAAAAUGUUUAAUUAUUUGUCAAACUGAAGCAUUUCUAUAAUCUUUUAUCUUUGCAAUUUACGACAACAAAAAAUGGACAGAUUUGCAGCAGUCUAAUUAGAUGGGUGCAAAAAUGGUAAAAUAGUUUUCAAACAGAGGCAUGAAUUAGCCAAAGGGGCGAAUUGACCCGUGGCCUAAAAUGUCAACAAAAGUAAUAUGAUCAUUUCUUAUCAGGUUAGUUGCUGGUGUAUCGGUAGAGUUUUAUUCUUCUUUGUUUUCUUUUUCUAUUUUUUUUUAUCCAGUGUUUUUCUAAGAGAUAAUAUACAGAGAUAUCUAUAGAGUUAUAGAGUAAAAAUGGUAAACACAUUAUGACUAACAAGAGUUGAAGCACUUUUUUUAUGACGAGCAUUUGACAUGACGAGGUUAUGAGUGGGAGGCAACGGAUCCUUUGCUCUAUUUCGAGAAAGAGAAAAACACUACUGCCAACGCUUACUGUUACGUCCAUUGGCAUUAUCCUCCCGUUGGCAUCACUGUGACAUUACUGGAGCAUGGCACUGUGCUCCCAGCAGAAUGCAAUCUACCGCUCAGAGGAAAGUACACUUCAUGAGGGGUACCGUGCCUUUGCCAGAUAUGCUCAUUGUGUGUCUGCCUAGACUGUUGCAUAUUAAUUGACUGGUCGACGUGAGUUUUCUUGUCUUUAUUAACCCCCUUUAAUUUCCCUCUUUGAGCCUUAAAACCCCCGUGCAAGAGCAGAGGUGUCCUUCUGUCGCCAGCAGGCCAGUUAUCCUAGAAUUAAACAAUCUGAUGAUUCUGGUUUUGUAUAUCCCUUUAUGGGCUUUAUUAUUCUUUUUUUUUUUUUUUUUUUUUUUUUUUUUUGGUUUGUUUGUUUUUCCAAAUGCUGUUUAGCUUUUAAGAGACCCACUCACCCCAUGAUUCCCCCUGCCCCUGUCAGUCCUGCACAUUUUGUGGCUAUGUCCAGAAUAAGAGACAAUGUUUUAGCCCAGCAACCCCACGUCUGUGCCUUCUGAUCAGUUUUUAUUACUUUUUACUUUUAUUUUAUAUAUGUUUUUUAAAUGUACAUUUUACAGUAAGUGGAGGUUUUUGACUGAGAGAUUUGGCAAUUUGACAGAGACUCACAGGUAUUUAACUAUUUUCUGAAGCAAAUACAAAUAAAAGACAAAAAAAGAUAUUUUUACCUCACAAUUUUAGAGCAAACAUUCCAAUGUUGUCAUGGUCUACGAUUUGACACAAAGAAAAAAGCAUAAAAAAAGAAGUUCAUGCAUUUUUGUUUCUUGUAUUGUAAAUGUUAGACAAUUUCAUAUGCAUUAUAUAAAAAGAAACUGCCAUAUCAAUUUUAAUGUAUAGAUUUUUGCAAAUACUACCCUAUGUAUGUAAGACGUAACUGUAUCGGUAGCGUAUAUAUAAUAUAUUUAUGCCCAAUAAAUGUUUUAAUUUUUUCUGA